AUCUCGUUAAGACCCGAUAAAAUGAUUGGAUGCGUGUCGCGCGAACCCCAUAAGUUCCGGCGACAGUACGCAAAUCGGUUCAGUCGACAACCGAGCAUCGUCGCUUGUCAAUUGUUUCAGACCACGCGGUCGGUAAUCGCCUCCUUGAUUUUUUACCCCCGACUAUCACCUUCCCUACCCAUAACAUCGCUCCUUCGCCUUUUUUUCAAGUCACCCCCCAUAUACCCUAGCCCACUCAGCCCUUUCACCAUUCUUUCAAAAACUCACGAUAAACCCCAAUAUAAUGACUUAGUGCCAUAAGUUAGUGUCUUUUACUCGCAUUUCAACAUGGAGGACAAUAAUUCGAAGAUAACCAUGAACGGUUGUGACAAUGUUGCGUUUACCUUGCAAGAAGGGAGUUUUUUGAAGAACGGGAGUAGCGUAGGAAGUUUCCAACAGGAACCUAAAAGGAAGAGAUCGAUAAUACAAUGGACUAGAGAGGCUCUACCGCGUUUAGAAAAUUAUAGGAAUUCCAAGAAGGCAUUGAAGAGGCCUAGCUUAGGGGAGCUGCAUGGUGGUAGUGAUUUCAGUGGGGACAAAUCUUCUACGAGUCAUCUAGACAUAGACGAUCCUUCACCCCACGAAGGCUUCAAACUAGGAUGGAUACAAGGAGUGCUGAUACCAUGUCUGCUCAACAUCUGGGGUGUGAUGCUAUUCCUCAGGUUAUCCUGGGUAGUAGCUCAGGCGGGAAUAGGUCUCUCUCUUCUGAUUAUCGGAAUAUCAGCUGUAGUUUGUAUAAUCACAACUUUGUCACUAUCAGCGAUCUGCACAAAUGGAGAAGUCAAAGGAGGUGGAAUAUACUAUAUCAUCUCUCGAUCAUUAGGACCUGAGUUUGGAGCAUCUGUGGGUAUAGUAUUCUCCUUUGCAAAUGCUGUAUCGGCCUCUAUGAACACUAUAGGCUUUUGUAAUUCCUUGACAGACCUGUUGAAUUUGUACGGGUACAAAAUUGUAGAUGGUGGUGACAACGACACUCGAAUCAUAGGUACCGUAGCCAUUUUGAUAAUGGUAAUAAUUUGUGCUGUGGGAAUGGACUGGGAGUCAAAGGCUCAAAAUUUCCUGAUUGCUGUUAUUGUGGGAGCUAUGGUUGAUUUCAUGGUAGGCACCAUAAUUGGCCCUACUGGAGACGAGCAGUUGGCACAAGGAUUCGUUGGUUUUAACGCAACGAUCUUCUCUGAAAAUUGGGGCCCGAUGUACCGAGAGCAAGGAGGCAUGGUGUACGACUUCUUCCAAGUAUUCGCCAUCUUCUUUCCUUCAGUCACCGGUAUACAAGCAGGAGCUAACAUCUCCGGAGAUUUAAAGGAUCCUGCGUUCGCUAUCCCGAAAGGCACCUUUCUAGCUUUGAUGAUAUCCAUGGCAUCCUAUGCCAUUUUCGUCAUUUUUGCUGGAGGUGCGGCGCUAAGAGAUGCCAGUGGAAGCAUUGGGGAUCUUCAUAAUGGAACGUUGAUUGCGUGUGUGGAGACUGGCACAUGUAAAUAUGGGCUCUUCAACAGUUACCAGGUUUGUACCAAUACAAAACUUUACCUGUUUCCACUUUUAUUGCAGAUGAUGACAACCAUGUCCAGUUGGUGGCCAUUGAUAUAUGCAGGAUGUUUUGCUGCAACAUUGAGUACAGCUUUGACCAAUUUGCUAUCCGUCCCUAGACUUAUACAAGCUAUCGGAGUAGAUAAAAUAUAUCCUGGAUUUUAUUUCUUCUCGAAGGGCUAUGGAAAACAUGGCGAACCUUACAGAGGAUAUGUAUUGACAUUCUUUGUAUCCACAGCAUUUUUGUUGAUAGCACAACUAAAUGCGAUAGCACCGUUGAUAUCAAACUUUUAUCUAGCUUCAUAUGCGCUUAUCAAUUUCUGCACCUUCCAUGCAGCCCUGAUCAAACCACUUGGGUGGCGUCCCACAUUCAGGUAUUACAACACGUGGCUGAGUCUCUUAGGCUGCAUUAUAUGUGUUGUCAUAAUGUUCCUUAUCAAUUGGUGGUCAUCUCUAGUAACAUUCAUCAUCAUUUGGGGCCUAUACUUGCUAGUAGUAUACCGAAAGCCAGAUGUCAACUGGGGCUCUUCUACUCAAGCACAGACCUACAAAACUGCUCUUACAACUGCCCAAAGAUUGAACAACGUUGAUGAGCAUGUGAAGAAUUACAAACCGCAGAUUCUUUUGCUCUGCAGUGGUCCUUACGUUCGACCUGCUUUGGUAGACUUUGCUAAUUUGAUCACGAAGCGACAUUCCCUUCUCAUCAUUGGGGACGUAGUAAAUAGACCACUGGAUUACAAAGUAAGGGUAGCAAUGAUAAGCAAAGCGUACAAGUACUUAAAAGCGAACAAAAUGAAAGCAUUUUACUCAUUGGUGGACAACGCAUCUUUUGAAUCCGGUUCCAAAGCGCUUCUGCAGACAGUUGGUAUUGGAAAAUUGAGUCCCAAUGUGCUUAUGAUGGGUUACAAAGAUGAUUGGAUGACGUGCAACAAAAAUGAACUGCUGAUGUACUUCAAUGUAUUACAUGCCGCUUUCGACAACCGAAUGUCGGUAACCAUCCUGCGGGUACCUGGUGGCCUGGACCACAGCAAGAACUACAUCGAAGAGGAGCCAGGUAACGUGGUGUCGAUGCCUAUCCCGCAUCCGACUCUCACGACUUCUAACAGCUUGAUGCAUGCAGAUUCUAACUUCAGUCUUGACCGCGUAGGAACCAACGAUACUACCUUGCCUGCCGGUGUAGUCAGGAGCACUGCUAAUUUGACACCUACUCUGAACAAUCGCCCCAACUCCAAACAGUCCAUGCACAACAACGAAAUCAUCCUCUCCGUUCGGGAGAAGUCGUACCUAGAACGGUUUGACAUCUUCAGCCGCAAGCAGCCCAAGGGAUACAUUGACGUGUGGUGGCUGUACGAUGACGGAGGGCUGACCAUGUUGCUACCCUAUAUCAUAUCCACCAGGAACAGCUGGCACAGCUGCAAGCUAAGAGUGUUUGCGCUGGUCACCAAUAAGAAUGAAAUAGAGAAUGAGGAAAAGAAUAUGGCACAUUUGUUAGAGAAAUUCCGAUUAGAGUACUCCAGCCUGAAGAUGGUGUCCAUAUCAGAUAGACCGCAAGACUCGACGAUAGCUUUCUUUGAUGAUCUGCUGGCCAGAUUCAGACAACCUAGCGAUAGAAUAGAACAUACUGAGAAUGAUUGCUAUGUUACUGAAAAAGAAAUUCAUGCAUUGCAAGACAAGACAUACAGACAGCUGAGGCUGAGGGAGCUGUUGCUUGAGAAUUCCAUCAACUCAAAUCUUGUUGUUAUGUCCCUUCCAAUGCCAAGGAAAGGCACAGUCUCAGCACCUCUAUACAUGGCGUGGUUGGAGGUGCUGACCAGAGAUAUGCCACCUUACCUGCUGGUAAGGGGUAAUCAACAGUCGGUACUUACAUUUUAUUCUUAAAAGGAGCUUUCAUAUACUUAACUUUUAUACUGCUUACUUACUUCAUAUGAAGUUUUCUGUUUAUAGAAUAACUUACGUAAGUAUUUUAUAAUAUUAGAGCCGAUAUUUAUACAAUAUUUUUUAAUAUGCACAAACCCCUUAGAUUAACAAGCAGGCAAAGCACCAAUAAUUGUUCUCGCCAUGCAGCAUACAACAUUUGUGUCAAAGUGCCUUUUACUUAAGAAUUAUUGGCACCUGUGAAAUUAUCUAUUUAUGGGAGUUGUGUAUAGAAUACGUAUUAUUUCACAAAGGAUGAAUGAGGCACUCGGCAGUACACAAAGUGACUCUAAUUUAGCCUUCAUUUCAUCCUUCAUGGAUUUGACUUGUUCAUCUAAAAGCUCCUUGAAACCGAAGUGUUUACAGGAUAUGAGACUUCAACUCUUGAAUUGGUUUAGAGGAACAAAUGAGAUCUACUUUUUUAUAAUUUUUGUCUUACCUACCUCUGUAUUUAUACAUUUUACAAGACGUUGCAGAAGUAUUAAAGAAAAUUCUAUCAGUAUCCUUGGAAUCCGCUAACAGUUCAUCGCCAUCAUUCUUUUCUAUAUCCUCUAUACCCUAGUUUUUAGUUAUACUGAGAAUGACAUUUGUCUGAAAUUCUAAUGCUGCGAUAUCGGGUGUAUUCUUCCAGGUAAGGUAUUUUAAAAAAAGUAAAGCUCAACCUCAGGUUACUGACUGAGUAAGGAGUACCAUACGGAUAUUGGAUUUGAUCUUGAGUCGCACCUUCAAGGUUAUUUCAAAAUCAACCUUCGUUUUUACCUUUUGGCACCGGAACUAGGAAGAACGAAAAAUGCUACUUAUGAAUAUGUCUUAAAAUCUAAGAACCAGGUCACUGCUAAACAUCAAAUGAAGAUCAAAUAUGUGAUGUUAGAAAAAUUCCUAGACAUUUAUCCAGAUUAUUGAUGGAAGGAAUCAAGAUUAGGCCUUUAGUAACUUUUAACAAGGAUUACAAUAUUGACAUUGGGUUUGACCUUGAAACUUCAAGUACAUGAGAGCGUAUUUUCCAAUACCGGUGCUCCUGAAACAACUUUGAAGGUGAAGUUCGAGGUUGAAUCCAAGGUCCUUAUUGGAAUUUGUGUUAAAAUUUACUUCUUUAUUGUAAUCCUUGUUAAAAAUUACUCGCCCACAAGCCCGCUAAAUAUCUAGGAAUUUAUCCUAGCCCCAUAUAUUUGAACUUCAUUUGACCUCUAGAGGUGAACUUAAAUCUUAGAUUUUGAUACAUAUUUGUACGUAGGAUUUUUCGACCUUUCGCUGUCAAAAAGAGGGAUUACCAUUUAAAAAACAAAGUUGACCUUGAAAUAACCUUGAAGGUCGAGCUCAAGAUUAUCCAAGGCCACCACCAUGUUUACCAAAAAAACGUUCCAUGUCAGAGUAUUAUUUAAAAUAAUUAAGCCAAAAUCUCUCGAUAUCUGUAUAUCACAAGUCAACAAUAAAGGUUACAAAGUUAUAAAAUGAUGAACUUCUGCAACAUUUUUGCGUGUCAUAUAAGCUUAAUAUUAUUUUUACCAUUUUACACUGUUGUAUUGUUUUAAGUAUGCCUUACAGUAUUUUUUAUAAAUAUGUGUUGUACAAAGUUAAUUUAGCUAUUGAUAUACAUGUAUUAUUUUAUUUGUUACAGUAUAUACAGUAUUAUACAAAAAAAUAUAAAAAUAGUCCCCAGAAAA